CUUCCAUUAUUAGGGCCUGACUUGGAGGAGAAACCCUCUUCCAUCGAGGUCAAACUUCCGCGCUCUUCUCCGAAGGAAAUUUCACAGGCUUCAUUGGGGACAACGCGUAUUUCAGAUGACGAGAAGAAGACCAAGCUGAAGUUGCAGGGUCGUCGCCGCCUCUGCAAAGUUGCGACUUCAGACGAUCGUGAUAAGGAGGCAGCGGUUGAUGAAUCCAGGUUCGAUGAGCUCAUCGAGCUUGAUUCGCCACUUCCGGCACCCAAAAACGUGAUCCAGAUUGACGAGAGUGUCGGUAAGAACGACAUUAGGGAUAUUUUGAAUGAGUUGAAUUCAAAGUUCGAGUUGCUGUCAGUUGAGAGGAAGCGAGAGACGAAGCAGGUGAAACCGAUUGAGGGUUCUUCAGCUUUGUUUAGAGGAAAGGAAACUUAUGAGGAUGAUGAGGUCGUAGAGUUCGGGAGUGCGGGGUCUUCAUUCUCUCCACAGAAGGAUCCGAGUAACGACCCGUCACAGGGUGCCAAGUAUGCUGUUGGUGAUGCCGGAAUUGAGUAUGUGGAAGAUGAUGACUCUCCUGCCAAGGAUGCUGGUGGUGAUGGUGGAAUUGAGUAUGUGCAAGAUGAUGACUCAGAUGAUUCUGUUGAAGAAUUGGUUAAUUUUGAGCCAAAGGGUGAUGGCUCCAUCACUCUGCCAGGCCCCAAAUAUACUUUUAAGUUGCCCUCUAAAAUUGCGAAAAUGUUGUAUCCACAUCAGAGGGAUGGAUUGAAGUGGCUCUGGUCUUUGCAUUGUUUGGGUAAAGGUGGAAUCUUGGGAGAUGACAUGGGUUUGGGGAAAACAAUGCAGAUGUGUGGCUAUCUUGCUGGACUCUUUCAUUCUCGAAUUAUUAAAAGGGCAUUGGUUGUGGCCCCAAAAACCUUGUUGCCCCAUUGGAUCAAGGAAUUAUCCGCUGUUGGUCUUUCUGAAAAAACGAGAGAAUAUUUUGGAACUAAUAUAAAAGCCAGAGAAUAUGAACUUCAGUACAUACUUCAGGAUAAAGGUGUUCUUCUAACAACAUAUGAUAUUGUCCGCAACAAUUCUAAGUCCUUGCGAGGGGGUUAUCAUUUUGAUGAUGAGGACAAUGAAGAUGGUGCCACAUGGGAUUAUAUGAUCCUUGAUGAGGGGCACCUUAUAAAGAACCCAAGCACACAGAGAGCUAAAAGUUUGCUUGAGAUACCAUGUAGCCACCGCAUUAUCAUUAGUGGCACACCAUUGCAAAAUAAUCUUAAGGAGUUGUGGGCUUUGUUCAAUUUCUGCUGCCCUGAGUUACUUGGUGACAAUAAAUGGUUCAAAGAAAAAUUUGAAGUACCCAUACUUCGUGGAAAUGACAAACAUGCUACGGACAGAGAUAAGCGUGUAGGAUCUGCUAUAGCAAAGGACUUAAGAGAUCGUAUUCAACCUUACUUUUUGAGACGUUUGAAGAGUGAGGUUUUCAAUCAAGAUGAUGACAAAACAACUGCAAAACUUUCCAAGAAAGAAGAGAUUAUUGUUUGGCUUCGAUUGACUAGUAUUCAGCGACAUCUUUAUGAAGCAUUUUUGAAGAGUGAGAUUGUUCUCUCAGCAUUUGAUGGCUCGCCACUUGCUGCCCUUACGAUUUUGAAGAAAAUAUGUGAUCAUCCACUUCUGUUGACAAAGCGGGCAGCUGAGGAUGUAUUGGAAGGAAUGGACUCAAUGCUAAAGCCAGAAGAAGUUAAUGUUGCUGAAAAAUUGGCGAUGCACAUAGCAGAUGUUACAGACACAGAUAGGUUCAAAAAUGAGCAUGGUCAUGAUGUAUCAUGCAAAAUUUCUUUCAUCAUGUCAUUAUUGGAUAAUCUGAUCCCAGAAGGGCAUAGUGUCCUUAUCUUUUCUCAGACUCGCAAAAUGCUUAACAUUAUUCAGGAAUGCCUAGCAUCCAAAGGUUAUGACUUUCUACGGAUUGAUGGAACAACAAAAGCCUGUGACAGAUUAAGGAUUGUUAAUGAAUUCCAAGCAGGUGCAAGUGCCCCUAUAUUUCUGUUGACAUCUCAAGUAGGUGGUUUAGGACUCACACUCACAAGAGCAGAUCGUGUUAUUGUUGUUGAUCCUGCUUGGAACCCAAGUACGGAUAACCAAAGUGUCGACCGUGCAUAUCGUAUUGGUCAAACAAAAGAUGUUCUUGUUUAUAGACUGAUGACAUGUGGAACUGUUGAAGAAAAGAUCUAUAGGAAGCAGGUAUAUAAAGGAGGAUUAUUCAGAACUGCUACUGAACAAAAAGAACAAACUCGCUACUUUAGUCAGCAGGAUCUUAGGGAGCUUUUCAGCCUUCCAAAAGAGGGGUUUGAUGUAUCUGUUACCCAACGACAAUUGGAUGAGGAGCAUGAUGGUCAACAUACAGUGGAUGACACUUUUAAAGCACAUAUAGAAUUCCUGAGAAGUCAAGGUAUAGCAGGAGUUAGCCACCAUAGUUUACUCUUUUCCAAAACAGGACCAGUUCAAGCUGCUCCUGAAGAUGAUGAUAUGACGAGGAGGAAUCAAGGGACUAGUUAUAUCGGUACUUCAGUAUCGUCUUCUUCAAAUGACCGAAUGGCUGAUGGAGCUGAGUUUGCCUUUAAACCCAAGGAUUUAGAUCGAAGCAAAAAGGGUUUUUCCCCUAGCAGCGAUGGUAAAUUGACAGAGUCGGAAAUCAAAGAUAGAAUUAAGCGGAUCUCUCAAACUCUGUCAAAUACGGCGAUGAUUUCUAGAUUACCGGAUAAGGGGGCGAAACUACAGAAAAGGUUGACGGAGCUGAAUUCGGAGCUUGCCAGAUUAGGGAUGGAAGAAAGAACUGGUGCUGAUCUGGAUGAUUUCACCAGUGAGUUUCAAAGAGUGUUGAAUGUAUAGGAUUUGCUUUAUUGUAAACAGAUGGUGUUUUUAAUAUUUCAUAGAAACCUACUACUUGAAGGUUUCCUCGACUAAGAUUGAUGCUUUGUUCAAUGUCAUUUUGAAAAAGAUUUCUAGAAUGAAGGUUUUCUUUCUUUGUCCU